CUCCUGCAUGUGUAUCAAAGGUUUGCACACUGAUGUGCGUGCUGAAACAGCGUUAUUUUGUGUGCAAAGCUGGUCUAAGUAACGUGGGAUUCACUUUUUAUUGACAGACUUUUGUGGGAGAGUAGAUUUGUUUUUUAAGAAAUUCGCGUGUCGUUCAUUUCUUGUUGAUAAAAUGUGAUGGGCGGCGACGGGAGUAAAAAUAAGGAAUCAGCAUCGCUGGUGAAGAGGAGAUCCCUGUCAUGUCAUCAGGGCUCGCUGUCUCUCCCGGUUCAGCUUGUUCAUCACAGUCUAUUUAGACGCAGCGCCCAGCACAGAGAAUACCCCGUCUCUGAGCAAUCUCGGCCCUCAGACUCAAACCCUGAGGGGCCUCGUGUAGAGUGGACACUGCCGGGCUUUAUUUCCAUUUUCCUGCCGGAAUUUCCUCACAGGUUUACUGGGCAUAAGCAUUUACAGAUUCUUGGUUUUGUAGCUAAAGGCUCGUUUGGUCCAAUCCUGAAGGUGAAGGACAUGUCUAAAGAUGAGACCUAUGCUAUUAAGGUUUUACCCAAAGCUGAGGUUUUGAGACAUGGAGUCCUCCAGCAGUCCAAAGAGGAGGUGAUAAUUCAACGACAAGUCAGACAUCCUUUCCUCCUCAGUCUCCGGGACUGUUGGCAGAGCCAGAGCAAUCUCUUCAUCAUGUGUGAUUACUGCAGCACUGGGGAUCUCUAUACUUACUGGACCCUGAAGGGCCGCUUUGAUGAGAGAGAUGUUCGAGUGUUUGCUGCCGAGUUGGGCUCUGCUUUGGGCUUUUUGCAUGACUCUGGAAUAAUGCAUAGGGAUGUGAAGAUGGAGAACAUACUUCUGACUGAUAAAGGUCACCUACGCUUGACUGAUUUCGGGCUGUCUCGCCGUCUUGAGCACGGGGAUAGAGCUUUUACUAUCUGCGGCACAAUACAGUACAUGGCUCCUGAGGUCCUGAGCGGCGGUCCGUACAGCCACGCUGCAGACUGGUGGUCUCUUGGUAUUCUUCUCUAUGCUCUAGCCACUGGAGGGUUUCCUCUGCCUGCGGAAGCAGAUCACUGUGAUAUGCUGACCAGUGUCAGUGAGUGUCCAUAUGACAUGCCUGCAAGCCUCAGUCCAGCUCUGGCCUUCCUGCUCAUAGAGCUUCUGUGCAAGAUCCCCACUCGUCGCUUACGCUGCCUGGAGCUCUUCCAGAGCCAGAAGUUUUUCCACGGCAUGUCUUUUGACUCCCAGCUGCUGCAGAAAAGUCCCAUUGAGCCAAUCCUCGAGCUGAAGAACCAUCCUGACCGACCGGAAAGGUCGAUGCGAGGUUUAUCAUUAGACCUGCUUCAGAAUUUUGAGUGUGACCUACUGAACUCUCCAUCUACCCCUGCAGAUUUGUCUCCUACCUUGAUGAAGAUUAAGGUAAACGAAGACACAGCAGGGGCUAAAACAAAAGCUAUAGGAACCAAUUCUCCAUGAAAACAGAAAUGAACUCAUUUUUUCUCUCUGUAACAUUCAGUGUUUUGCCAAAGACGAGAUAAAAUGGCACAGUAUUUUUCUAAUAGUUCACCCACAAAUCAAUCUAUGUGAAUAGCCAGUCAAUAACAAGUAUUACUACAGAGUCUUAUUUAAUAAUCAUAUUUAUUUUCAUCUGAAUAUACAGAAAGCGUAUUAGAUUUUUAACAAUGUUACCUCUGUUUUGAAAGUUAAGUUUUGCCCUAGUAUAAGGCAAUAUUUGUCUUAAUAGUAUAUGAACUGUUGGGUUUUAUUUAGUUCCUGUGUAUAAAGGAAAGGAGCAUAUGAUUUCAAUUAUUAUUAUUUUUAUAUCGGUUACAGUGAUGCCCUGUUUACUGUGGCACCAUAAGAGUGAUAAUCUGUGACAAAUAGAUUGUGACCUUUUUAGACACAAUAUUGCCAGUUACUUUUUUGGAAAUAAUAGUUCCAAAUGAAGCCAAAGCUGAAUCAACUUCUGUGCAUUUCCAUACA